UCAUGGAGGGAAGGAACAAAGCAAUGACUGACAAGUGGAAAAGGAUUAACAUCGUCUACUGUGCUAAUUGAGCAACUACAUGUUUUCGACAGUAAUUGUCGCCUAGUGACUACAGUUGAAGAGGCAGGUGUGUUGCAGAGGGGGUGGUAGUCUGGACUAACCGGAUGGACAUCUUCAGAGGGGGCUUUGAGGAAAUGUGGCGCUUUAACCGACAAACAAUAGUGCUCUUGAAAAUUGCAUGACCUCAAGUCAUCUUUGUACCCUCUCUGUUAAGCCACGUUGUGUAGAUAGAGGGGGCUAUGUAAAGGGGGCGGUAUAUUUUUAACAACCUCACGAGGUCCCGAACCUGCGGCCGACGUAUUAUCGAAUCUACGGGGCUUUUACUCCCAAGUGAUCCAUUUGCAGGACUGUAGUAUUGGCCGAAGGACCGUGCAAACGAGGCUUGUAAAAGGAUACCACCGUGGUUGGUCAUUGUGUAUAGAGGAGCCCCCUCAGCUCCCUGGGCUUCUCAAGCAUGGCUCUCCUGGCUUACAUCAAGAGCCUGUUCAUUCUUCAAUUGUUGAUGGGCUUUGUAUUUGUGGUGAGCGGCCUCAUCAUAAACUUCAUCCAGCUGUGCACGUGCAUCAUCUGGCCAAUCAACAAGCAGCUCUAUCGCCGAAUCAACUGCCGACUCGCAUACUCUCUCUGGAGCCAGCUGGUGAUGUUGCUGGAGUGGUGGUCCGGCACAGAGUGCACUUUGUAUACGGACCAGGCUACGGUGGACAAAUUUGGCAAAGAACAUGUCAUCAUCAUUCUCAACCACAACUAUGAGAUUGACUUCCUGUGUGGCUGGACUAUGUGCGAAAGAUAUGGUGUCCUGGGGAGUUCAAAAGUCCUAGCUAAACAUGAGCUACUGAAAGUUCCUCUGAUUGGCUGGACCUGGUACUUCUUAGAAAUAGUUUUUUGCAAGCGGAAGUGGGAAGAGGACCGGAAAACUGUCUUCAGCGGACUGGACAGGCUUAAAGACUAUCCUGAACAUAUGUGGUUCCUGCUGUAUUGUGAAGGGACCCGCUUUACAGAGAAGAAGCACCAGAUAAGCAUGCAGGUCGCAGAGAGUAAAGGCCUGCCCAAGCUCAAAUAUCACCUUCUACCACGCACCAAAGGGUUUACCACCACGCUGCAGUGUCUCAAGGGCACAGUGACUGCCGUUUAUGACGUGACACUCAACUUCAAAGAUAAGCAGACACCCACUCUCCUGGGCAUUGUCAAUGGCAAGAAAUACAAAGCUGACUUGAGCAUAAGACGUUUCCCUGUGGAAGAGAUUCCAGCAGAUGAAGCCGAGUGUGCCAACUGGCUGCAUAAGCUCUACCGAGAGAAGGAUGCCUUACAAGAGACCUACAGCAAGGAGGGAAAGUUUCCGGGGCCCACAAUAAUCCCUCCACGCCGUCCGUGGACGCUGCUCAACUUCCUGUUCUGGGCCACGCUGCUGCUUUCGCCACUUAUCAAGUUUGCGUGUGGAGUGGCAGUCAGUGGCUCUCCGCUUCUCAUCAUUGGCUUCAUCAUCUUUCUCAUCAUAGCCUCCAUUGCGAUCCGCCGCCUGAUCGGCGUCACAGAGGUCAAGAAGACGGGCUCCAGUUACGGCGACCAAGAGACCAAGAAACAAAACUAAAACUAAAGACGCGUCACCCCGGACCGAAUGCCACUCUCCUCCUACCGUCCAUUCGGCCGCUCGGUCGGGGAGGAGACCCAGCUGCGAAACCACAAUAGAGAGCAGACUUCGAAGCCGCAAUGAGUAAGAGCACUAGAGGUCCACAAGACAUGAAGGAGGAGGGGUGGGGGGGUGCUGUACUGCAUCUUAAGACAACUAGUGACCCACUUUCCACAGCCAAGCCCCGUUAAUCCCGCCAAUUUUAAACCUCUCAUCUCUUUACCUACCUGCAGUCACAUGGAAGGCCACAAACCGAGCCUGCAUCCUGCUUUGCACUACCUCCCUACCAAACCACAUUUCCCGUCUGUCGUCACCCAAUUAGGGAGUGGCGACGUAGUCCAGGUCAGAACAGGGCCCUUCAUCCUUGUGCACCCCCAACCCUCCAAUCCCCCUUUCAUGCACCCGCUUUCCUUUUUUUUUUUUAAAGCAAAAACUUCCCUAAACCAUGGAAAUAUGACCUUUCACCUUACGCCGGUGAGGGCCAUGCGCUUAGAUACAGAAAUGUAGAAUGGAAACAGCUUGAUGAGCUAAAGUGUGCCAUGUCAAAACUGGUAAGCGGGGUCCUCAGUUUACCACGGUGCUGGUAUUCCAGGUUAGGAAUGGUGCACAAUGCACUAGUUUAAAGAAAAUGGGACACUACAAGGCACACUCAGUUACCACCAUACAUUUGAUUCUUUUAUAUUUAUGCCAUGGCAGACAAGUGUUUUUCAUACAAAUGUUCACUGUAAUUACUGCGUUAACAUAGCUUUGAUGUACUAUGAGGUAUUCUGACUCGCAAACCCAGGACCACUCCCACCUUUAGUUUCUGGAAGCUUCCCCUAAGGAGUGCACUGCGUCAUGUGCUGAAUUCAGAAGGACACAAAUCAAGUGUAACCCUCGUCACUCAGUCCCCUUUUGAUUUGACUCGUGUGAUCAUGCCAACCUGAUCCUGGUGUUUGUCUUCAAUAAGGGCUGUGCAUGUGCGAGCUAUCAUACCUGACAUACAGCCCUGGAAAAAAAUAAACGCUGAACCUAUUAUCAAAAAAAAAAGUUCAUUUCACUUUUAUGUUGUCAGUAGCUUAUAGAAUGAAACAAAAAUGUUUAUUUUACUUCAGUGAUAUUAUCUUCAAACUGUUUAAUGCCACCCCUGGUUUGUUUAUUGUCAAACUAAAUAUCAAACAAAAAGAAUUACCCUUAUGCAUUUAAAACUUGCCCUUAGCUUUGCUUUCAUAAGCAUGAACAAAUAAUGCACUACGCCAUAGAAAGGCUAACCAGUCGCUUAGGUGCUGUCGUGUUAGAACCCCUUAAGCAAAGGAUAUUUGAACACAAAAUGCUGGAGUCACACAUAUAGACAGACAAUAUAACAAUACUGAAAUCCAUAUAUUCUUUAUCCUUGGCAACAAACUUGAGUCACUUGUGAAACUCUUCCUUUGUGUACCUGUCUAUUAUAGUGCCAACAAGUGGCCAAGGCAUGCACACCAGUUGGAGCGGCCCAAUCUCCAAUGAAUUGAAGCAAAAAAUAUGGCAAAAACUCUUUAGUUACAUUCUAUGUGGUUGUAUGAAUACAAUACUAUGGAGUGCUAUUUUUCUUAUCCAUUUUAAUAUGGAAAGAUUUAAGAAUUAAGCUAAAGUGGUUUGAGUUAUAAAGCAAAUUCGCGUAAGGCACCGCUCUACAUAUUAAUCAUUUUGCAGUGGUCUCAUAACACCAAAAAAUAUUUUAAAAACAAAUCUGAGAUGCAUCGUCAAUUUUUGUGCAGAUUCCGAAUCUGACCAUUUUUUUCUCAAGCACAUCAUAAUAUAUGUAAUAUUUCUGAAUUAAGGGUUAGGGAAAGCAACAGGUGGAUUUUUUAUUUUAUUUUUUUCCUGCAACGUCAUCGCUGAAAAUGACAACGCAUGUUUAAAAUCUGUAUUAAGCUACCUUUUAUAGGUUGAAUUAAAAAAAAAGAAAAUAUUUCAAAAGACUGAUGUUCUAGAAAAAAUCAGUCAAAAAAAAAAAUUUGCAUCACAAAUAUGUCAAACACAUAAAGCCAUCUCUGAAUAAAAUUUGCCAUUGACUAAUGUAAUCCUUUCCAGAGCUGUACUUCAUGCCUCUUUUUUACAUGUUCAUAUUAUUAUUUUAUUUUGAAUUAAGGCAACUCCCCGCGUCCUCACAAAAACUGCAACCUGUCAGUUGGCAUCCAUGACAGGUAAAGUGGCUGGGGUGGCUCUGCCAGAUUCCAAACAAAAGGUCACCAGCUGUCGCCACGUAGCCUCGCACAGCUGUUGACAUAUUUGCUCGGCCACAUAUAGACUGGAAUAGUGAUAAGUUGACCUUUGCCUUAAAUCAAGCUUGCUCAGGCAAGGGCCCCGCGUCCACCCUCACUUCCACCAUUUCUGACCCUGUCAAACAAUGAAUGACUGAGCAAAUUCGCACAUCCUGGUUAUGUUUUCAUGAGUAACACAGAGUUGCUGAGACGCGGCGAACCAUGCAAAUGAAGUACAGUAACCGCAUUUUAGCAUUUACUUUUACCUCAUGUGAAAUCCCAGCUGCCACUGUACAUAGUGUCGCGCAAUCUUUUGCCCUAACGCGUUACAUAUUCCACUCUCUUCUUCCACCUCCCUCCUGUGCCACAUGUAGCGUCCAUGUGAACUUUUUUUCGCUCACGGUAUCAUGCGAUCACUCUGUGUACUCCCUCCGAUAACAGAAUUAUCUCCAUCCGUUGAGAUUUCAUGCAAGCCUUAAAACUAGACAUCGCUGCUUCUGAUUUAUUUGUGGUCAAUAAAUAAGGUCAGUCGUUGAGUAAAAAAUGAAGAAAAAAAAGAUGACUGCUGUUAUUUUAGUGUUGAGUGCCCAUUGCACUCGUUGGUAUACUUGAGGAAACAGGUGUAAACUGAUGAGCGCACUACUUACAAGUGAUAUGCAGAUACUCACACUGAUAUGCUUAUGUAAGCUGAUACAGUAUACUUGUAGUCAUUGGCCUACUUGUGAAAAUUGGUGUACUCUCAGUCACUGUGAAAAUCACUGCUUAUACUCACUGGUAUACUUUUGAAAAGUAAUAUAACUUGCAAAACCUGGUAGAAUUGCACUCACUGGAAAACCUGUGAAAAUUGGCAUCGUCACAUUCACUGGUAGACUGUUGAAAAGGAGUAUACUUGCAACAGCUGGGAUGAUUGCGCUCACUGGUGUACUUGUGAAAGCUGAUUGACAUGUUCUCACUGCGCUACUUGUGGAAAAUGGCAUUCUUGCUGAAAUUGGUUCUCGUUUGAAAGAAGGUAUACUUGCACACAGUGGCAUAACUUUUGAACAUAUGGAAAACUGGUCACACUCACUGGUAUACUUGUGAAAGCUGGCAUACUGGGGAAAAUGGCAUACUUGCUCUCACUAAUAUACUUUUGAAAGCUGGUAUACUUGUAAAAAUGGCAUAGUUGCAGCCACAGAUGUUCUUGUAAAAACUGGUACAGUUGUACUCCCUGGUAUAUUCGUGAAAGCUACAAUAGUAUACUUUAGAAAGCUGGCGGAGGUGCAUUCACUGGUAUAUUUGUGAUAACUAGUAUAAUUGUGAAAUAAUUUCAGGGGUGUCCAAAAUUGGUCCUGGAAGGCCGCGAUCCUGCAUGUUUUUAGAUGUUUCCCUCCUCCAGUGAUCAGGAUCAUCAUCAGGCUUCUGCAGAGCUUGAUGAGCUGUUCAUUUGAAUCAACUGCACUGGAAGAGGGAAACCUCUAAAAUGUGCAGGAUUCGAGGACUCUGUUUGGACGCCGCUGACUUAAGCUGUUCAACCUGGUCACCUUCUGCUUGAGUGCAGCACAUUGGUCGCGGAGUCCUUAUUUCUCACUGAAUUCUUUCACAGAAUGGAUACAGGCAUUUGAUACAGGAUGUUUUUAUUCAAUCAAUAAAUGACUUUGAUAGUUUUUUCUGAAAUCUCACGACUGUUUAAAAAAAAGACUCACAAUUAUCACUCAUUCCUCACAAGUCAUCAGGUUCGUUUGUUGGUUUUGUUCCCAAGGCUCUUCUUCUGUUUGUUUUUGUCACCCUCACCACCUGUUAUUAAAAGACUUGACUCACAAA